GCCGUGGCUCUUGCAGACACGAUCGACCUUGACAUCGAGAACUGCUGCUUCACGUUGUUGCUGCAGGUCUUGGAGAAAGUGGAACCGCAACAUGAAUCCUGGCCGAGUGUCAAAGAGGCAUUGCGUCUUUGUGCGACGCAGCGAAAGCAUGUCAUUGAAAACAAGCUGAAGCUAACUUUGCCGGAGGGGAAGUUUGUUUUGCAGAAGGUCUUGAACGGAGGUUUGCCGCCCGACACACUCGCGAGCAAUGCCUUCAUACAGGAGCUGCAGCGAGCAUCUCUUUUUUGUCGCUGGGUGGCUGCGACAUUGUUGAAAGAUACUGCUUGGCCUUCUUUGGUGCAACUGAAGGAGAAGCCGGAUGUGUCGGUCUUGACAUACUUCUGGAACAUCGUCGAGGAUCUAGUGGUGGAAUCCUGGAUCCAGCAGCUCAUGCCUUUAGGAAGCCGACACAUGUCAUUGCAUUUCGAUGGCAUCAGAGUGGACCAUGACGUCGUGAAGCCAGAUGUGCAGGCCUUUUGCAGGAGUUGCACCUCUGCGAUCCAAGAGGACACCGGCUUCACAGUGCACAUUCGUCCGAAGGAGCGACACAGCUUCCAUGCGUUAUUGAAGCAGAUCACUAACGACAAACCAGUGGAAUGUCCUGAAGUCCUUCGUGAGACUGGAAACUGUAUACUGGCAGCUCUACACCAUCUUGGUUUCCAAGAUCAGGCAUCUUCCAUGGCAUCGAUGACAGAUGGGCCCGAACACGUUUUUUUCAGAAGACGCCAGCAAAGACGCUACACGCACGUCGCCGAGAAGCUGAAGCUCCAAAUCUUUCCUCGCGUGCCACCCGCUGAUCUAACGUCAGGCCAAAAGGUGCUUCUCCAUCUCGCCACAGAUGGAAACCCGCACUGCGUCGCCAUGGAAACCCUUCCUGGACAGGAAGUCUGUGUGACGGAUGUGACCGUCAGCUACACUUUUUCUUUGCAGCAUCUUUCGAGUAUGUUGUCGGACGCAACCGAUCGCAAGUACAUCAUCUUGUUCUACGUGAACCAGAAGCCCGACAAGUUUGACAACGACGCAGAAGACGAAGAGUACAGGCUUCUACUGGAAACUCUUGCAGGCGGAAACGAAAAUGAUUACUCGGGAGGAGCUGACGAAGAGGAGGGCGACGUGUUUGUGCGAGACCUAAUUGAUGAUGGCUUCGACGGCGAGCAACAACAAGAAGAUGGCGACGAUGAGAGUAUUACUCACGUCGGUGACGAACUUCUGGCUCUCAUGAAAAAGGAAGUGACAACGUUCCUUCGAGGUCCUGCAGAGCACAUCGCCAAGCAAGGAUGUCAGGCUUGUCCGUUCUGCCCUUUCAGACAAUGGCCAAAGGGAAGAGUCUCGCGGCUAGUCGAUCACGUCCGCAAGUACCACAGUGAACGCAAGCAGUUCGUUGCUUCCGGCACGAAGCAACUCAAACUGGUUAUCUCCUUGCACGAUUUCGACCAAACCGCGGGCCACCCCAGAGCCAACUACUUGAGCCGCAGUGCUGCCAUGCUUCGUCGGACGGUGAACCCUCCGCUGCAGUCGAACAUCACGGAUAUUGAUCGUUACAUCCGGCUGGUCUUCACCGAACGAGGACCCGAGUUCUGGAAUGCAAGUGCUGUUAAGCAACUGACGCUUCGGCGAGUUCGCAAUCUGUAUUAUAGUCGGGGCUUUGCGCAAAUCGUCUUCCAAGAGAUGUUGCUAUGUAAUGCGAAGGUGUAUGCCAUGCACGGCAGACUAGUUGCUCGCUUCCCCGCGGACUCGGCCAGCUUGUUGCCGCGUCACCCAAACCAUUGGUGGCCAUUGAUUGAAGACGUGUUCAAGGCUCACAAAGUUUGUGAUCUGGCGAAGCAACUUCUGGAUGAGACGAUGCGCCACCAGGAGUUCCAGGUCAUCAGCCUGGAUGCUACUUUGCGCUGCUGUCUUCCUGUUCUUGGCCAAGCACAUCCUCGGGCAAGGAAAGAGGACAAGGAGCAGGCCGUGUUCACCGGAGACAAUGCCUUGACACGAGUACUCGCAUGCAGAGGCCGCACCAACGCAGUUCUGGCUCUGCAGGCAGUAUCGUCUGACGAUUCGGCAGCCAUUGCACGCUGCCUUGCAGAUGCUCUGCCGUCCCAGGCACUGGGCCAGAUUCAGUUUAUGUCAGUUGACAAUCCAUCCUUCAAGUGCUUGCAAGAGGUCAAGGUGAUUUGUCCUAAUUUACAAGUCAUGGCCUUGGAUCCUGUCCAUCUAGCUAUGACUGUGGAGUAUGCUUCUAGUCGUAGAAGGACAGGGCUUUCCAAAGCCUUGCGGCAGAUUCUACGAAAGCUGACCGCCCACAGCAGCAAUCUCAAGCCCACAACAUGGGGAGCAAUAUACACCGGGCAGACGUGUGCCUCUCUUACAAGAGAGGAGGAACGGUUGCGUGUACAGAUCGAAGAUCGAAGCGUGCGUCCGCGUGAGGCCCAGUCUGUGCUCGACAACCUCGAGCCAGACGUGCCUUUCUUUUUGCGCGCGGACUGGAUUCGAGCCUUAGCGGCUCUCACUUCUGUCUAUCGCACAGAAGUAGAUCGCGUAGCUCCCGGCCCUAGCCGCAAAGUGUUCCAGCUGCUUCACUCUGCCGCAGCUGCUGGCAGAUCGGAGUGGUAUUUCAACAACUUAAGAAUGCGGCACCUCCUCGAGCCUUCCCGACUGUCUUUGCUCCCAAUAGGGACCACUUCAAACGAAGCUUUGCACCACGAAAUCAAUAACUGGUUUCGUGAGACGCAAAAAAUUCACAAAGCUACACUGUGUUUGAAGUUAUCUAUUAUGCAUCUGGCAAAGCUCUUGUCACACAACACGGCUUUAUAUCGUCCAGCCACACGGCAAAUGUCGGAGUGCGAGAUUCUUUCUAGAUGUUCUUGCCGUGUGCUCUGGACAUUGCCCGAGUGGAAAGCCUGGUGUCAAGAGCUCGGUGUCGAGGCUGGCCUUGUCGGCAAAGCCGAUCUGAGCUUGCAAACGGCACGAGCGGAGCAGAAGUGUCUGGUCCAACAGCGGACGCUGAAGCGGCCAGCGGCCCUAUCGAGUCGUGGUUCCCAGCGUCGUACACCCCACACCCUUGAACGACAAGACUCUCUGCGCAGAGCUGGCAAGCGCACAAAGCAGCACGCGCCAGCGUAG